AUGUAUGACAUGUUGUCCGAGUUCAGAGUAUCGGAAUUCGAUUCGUUUGUCGAUAUACUACGAUUGACUCCAAUUGACCCCUUAGAUACAUUUGGUGAAAUGUGGUAUCCAGUGUUUUUGUGGUCAUUGUGUUCUUCAGUGUUUGUACAUACUUGUGCUGCGUUAGUUGCUUUUGGAACAUUAAGGAAACAUAAAUAUGGAAAGUUCUUUCCAGUACUUUUAAUAGUUAUGGGAGUUAUGAGCCCGGUAACAUCAGGUGUUGCUAGUAGUGCAGCCAUUGCCUUUAUAUACCGUGCAGCUAACCUUACUAUGCCUCCAAUACAUGCCAUGUUAUGGGGGAUAGGACAGACUAUACUUGGGGCUGGGAUUGGCUUUACUCGGAUUUUGGCAACUUUGUAA